GACAGUAGCGCCGCGGGUCAGCGUUAACCAACAGCUGGUUUCAGGAGGGCGGAAUCAGGGAAGCAGUUUCCGGGUUCCCCUUCCUGGGCUGGGACAGUAGCUACAGCGUAAAGGCUCCGCUGAUAUCCCAUACCUCAUUAUAACGCACAGGCCUAUCAGACUCUGUUAAAAGGUAGUGAUGUCGCAGUCUGGAGAAAAAGGGAAGUUUCCAGAUUCACCUGGUUAUGUAGGUUUUGCAAACCUUCCAAACCAAGUGCAUAGAAAAUCUGUGAAGAAAGGCUUUGAAUUUACCCUUAUGGUAGUCGGAGAGUCUGGUUUGGGCAAAUCAACACUUAUAAAUAGCCUGUUUCUUACUGAUCUGUAUCCUGAACGCUACAUCCCUGGUGCUGCAGAGAAAAUUGAGCGGACAGUCCAAAUCGAGGCUUCCACUGUUGAAAUUGAGGAGAGAGGCGUGAAGCUUCGACUCACCGUGGUCGACACCCCAGGAUAUGGUGACGCCAUAAACAGCCAAGAUUGCUUCAAGACCAUCAUCCAGUACAUUGACAAUCAAUUUGAGCGAUACCUACAUGAUGAAAGUGGGCUGAAUCGAAGGCACAUAGUGGACAACAGGGUGCACUGCUGUUUUUAUUUCAUUUCUCCAUUUGGACACGGUCUAAAGCCUCUGGAUGUGGAGUUUAUGAAGGCCAUCCACAGCAAAGUCAACAUUGUUCCAGUAAUCGCCAAGGCUGACACGCUGACACUGAAGGAGAGGGAUCGUCUGAAGAGAAGGAUCCUUGAUGAAAUCGCCGAGCAGGGGAUCAAAAUUUAUCAGCUACCCGACGCAGACUCUGAUGAAGAUGAGGAGUUCAAGGAGCAGACCAGAGUGCUAAAGGCAAGCGUCCCCUUUGCUGUGAUCGGGUCCAACCAGCUGAUUGAGGUGAAAGGAAAGAAGAUUCGUGGCCGUCUGUACCCAUGGGGCGUAGUGGAGGUGGAAAAUCCAGAGCACAAUGACUUUCUGAAAUUACGUACCAUGCUUGUGACCCACAUGCAAGACCUCCAGGAAGUAACUCAGGAUCUGCAUUAUGAGAACUUCCGGUCAGAGAGACUGAAGAGAGCUGGCAGAGCUGUGGAUGAGGAUGUGGUGGAUAAAGACCAGAUUCUGCUACAGAAAGAGCUGGAGCUGAGGCGUAUGCAGGAGAUGCUUGCUCAGAUGCAGGCUCAGAUGAAGAUGAAAUCUGAUGAGUAAAGGAGUUUGAGCUGGAGGGAAGCUCUCUCAUAUCAUCACAGAGCGACAGGAACCCUCCAGCAGCUUACAGUAGGAAUCCCACCAGGACAUUCAUCUUCUUCACACCCAUCCUUCCUCUUUAUUUUUUCCUUUCAGCAUCCAUCCACCAGCUGCCUGGAGAGCCACAUUGAUUUGUUUGUUAUUUCUUUGUUUUCUGUUUGUUUUUUUAACCUGAAAAUUUAUUAAGAAAAGAAUAAGUGGAAUAUCAUGAACAUUUUCCCUUAAUUAACUUUACAUCUUUGUCUGUUAUACCCAUUAAAAGCGGUAUUAAGAGACGUUGCUAACGCGUGACUUUACAUUACAUGUGAAUCAUAGCACCAGUUUCUUUUUGUUUUUCUUUAACCGUGUUUUAAAAUAAAGCCGAAAGAUAUUUUGUUUGCCUGUUUUUCUUUUAUCCUCUCACAUAUUCAGCCUGUUUUCCUCCAUUAAUCUCAACUGAGGACAUCAGCUAAACGGUUUCUAUCCAGCAUGACUUCAGCUGAACUUUACUGUUAACAGUUUAAUUUUUGUCCCUCUGGUUAGUAUAGAGACCACCCCAUCUUAGAAUGAAUCACAUGCUUGUAUGUAUCAUUGUAACGUUAGUGCCAAACUGCAGAAUAAAAACAUAAGAUCUUGUGUCUAUAUUUCUUAACAGGUUAAAUCUAUUUGUACACUACACUUGCAGUUCCAACAGAUUUAUAAUUUGUU